CCGUUUCCAGAAGCGCUAAUGUGACAACCAAGUGGAUGUAGCGUGAGACGCGCUCCGCGGGUUUAUAGAUUUGUGUUUUUAUUCAGGUCACCCUCGGAGCAGCGCGCCGACACCCGCCAACGAGCCCGGAGCCCAAUGUUUACUUCUCCGGCGUGUCUCCUCCAGCCAGGGGAAAGGAAUGUUUUGGUCGGUUGUACAUUAUUUUAUGAUACGUAGCUAAAUUGAAACGCCACCAUGUUUGUGUCGGCAUACACUGAAGUUGCUGUACGGAUAAUGCACUAGCUAACAGCAGCUGGACAGCGAGCUGUUGUCGACAACUGCACAUCCUCUCCGGCUGCAUGAUGGCGAUGUUCCGGAGCUUUGUCUCGGCGAGCGCUCAGCUCCGUCAGCAGCAGCCGCAGCAGCAGCAGCCCGGCAGCGGCUCAGGCUCGCUGGCAGCCCCGGCGGAGGGCAUCGAGAGCCAGUUCUCCUGUCCCAUCUGCCUGGAGGUCUACCACAAACCCGUCAGCAUCGCCAGCUGCGCUCACACGUUCUGCGCAGAGUGUCUGCAGCCAUGUCUUCAGGUGACCUCGCCCCUCUGCCCUCUCUGUCGCGUGCCCUUUGACCCCAAGAAAGUGGAGCGCUCCUCCAGCGUGGAGAAGCAGCUGGCUUCUUACAAAGCACCCUGCAGGGGCUGUAGCAAGAAGGUGGCUCUGGUAAAGAUGAGGUCUCACAUUGCCUCCUGUUGUAAAGUACAGGAGCAGAUAGCCAACUGUCCCAAGUUUGUCCCUGUGGUACCCACCUCCCAACCUAUACCAAGCAAUAUUCCAAACCGGUCAACAUUUGUGUGUCCGUUCUGUGGGGCCAGAAACCUGGACCAGCAGGAACUGGUGAAGCACUGUAUGGACAACCACCGCAAUGACCCUAAUAAAGUGGUGUGUCCGGUGUGUUCAGCCAUGCCGUGGGGAGACCCCAGCUAUAAGAGCUCCAACUUCCUCCAGCAUCUCCUCCACAGACACAAGUUCUCUUAUGACACCUUUGUUGACUACAGCAUUGAUGAAGAGGCAGCACUGCAGGCAGCUCUGGCACUGUCACUGGCUGAAAACUGACAACAGUCACACCACCACCACCACCAUCAUCUCACCGUUAGCACCAGCUCCACAAUUACUACUCUGCUGCUGUUCUUCCAGGGCUCAGACGGUAUCAUCCAGCCCACUGGCUCCCGCAGUGACAUCACAGAGAUCCGCAUCGCAGAGAAGUCGAGCAGCUUAAGAUUUGGUCAUAACCCUGUUUCGUUUUCAUGCCAAGGAUUUGUUUCUGGUGUAGCAGUCUGGCCAGAUUGCUAGACUAAAGUAUUUCGGAUGUAUCUUCAUUCACUGCUUCAUUUGGAUUUGGUGGUUUAGAUGCAAAAGAUCAUGUGGCUUUGGAAUGGAUCCAUUGACCACAUCAAGAUAACCAAACAAAAGCCAUCACACAUUGACUUUAAAUAUCCCAACCUACAGCUUGGAAACAGUCCAUCCACUCAGUUUCAGUUCACCUGACAGUGGUCUCUGACCACUAGUCUCUUACUAGGAAGUCCUGACUGCUGGAACUUACUGUGAGUAACUUUGGUGAUGGUCACAUGCUCCAGUUACUUCUACAACUCUAGUCUGCAGUGAUCAAUUUUGAUGAGUUAACAUAAAGUAGCUUGCCCACAAGAGCUAAUUAGGACACAGUGUGCAAAGGUAAACAGAAAAUAUUCAUCUCCACAAAUGGAUGCAACUGCUCCAGAGCUGGUAUGUUGUAUUUUGCUCUUACCAGACAACACAAAGUUCUGUAGUCAGUAAAGCAGCACUGGCGGGCUUGUUGACAAACACAACAGAAGAGUUUCUCCUGUUGCUGAACUCUCUGUAGGAAAUGAAAGGCUUUCAGAAGAGUCGUUGACUGAGCUGCUCGUUGCGUGGCUGCAUCGUAACACCUACAGUGGUACUGGCCAUGACGUCUUCUAAUGGUCAUGGUGAAUGGGUUAAAAGUAAGCCCCUCCCCCCAAUGGCGCCAGAACAUCAUGCACGGAGAGGCUAAAAUGUAACCAAAUGAGGCUGAAUGCUCUCCAAUAUCUGACCUUAUUGUUUCACUGUGGUGACCUGGUGGAAACCCCCAAAACAUUUGUUCUGGCCCACACUGCCACACUGGAUGUGUCAAUCCUGAUGUGCAUGUGUUAUGAAUAUUCUGCCUGCACAGACAACUGGCAGACAUUCUGCAUUAUUUAGAGAGACUCUGGACAGUUGUCCCUGUAAUAUUAUAUUGAGAAAAAUACCAUAAAUACGGUGUUGAGUAGCUACAACAGAACGUAUAUUACUAUGUGAUCAAUGUGGAUAAAGUCAUGAGGUAUAAAUACAACACUGACAUCAUAGGAGUAAUUUGAAUGAUUAAAAUCUAAAAUAAGCUCACUGUUAAGUCAUUAAACCGUACCACAUAUGAUGUAAGAAUCAAUAGGAGGAAAUGAUACAGGGCUUUAAAAUCCUAUGAGUUUAUAUUUUAUUGAUUUCAUCUUAUUAAAAUUUUUUUUGGCUAUAAACAUAAAAAUUUAAGUGGUUAAUAAACCACUUAAUAAACUUAACACAUUUUUGAGAUGAUGGACUGAAAUGAUUCUCCUCAGAUUUGUGUCAGCAGCUGGGGGUAAAUAUCAGUUUGUCUGGAGGCUGAUGGAUUUAGUGGUGAACUGGAAUGUUACAGAUUAAAAACCUUAGUUUUUUUAUUGAGUGCCACCUUUUCAGCCCCAUUACCAGUUUUGCACAUUCUACUGCACCACACCACUGUGGAACUAAAGGCCUCUGUCUUUGACUUAACGCUUCCACGUGCUGGAGUGUAAAUUUUGUCUUCUGCCCACGUCUGUGAGGGUUUGCGCCGACAGACAUAGACAUCUGUGUAUGCAGACACCCCAUGUAGUUUAAAUGGACACUUUAUUCUGCCCUAGAUUCUUACAAGGGCUGUCUAUAACCCUAACUCAAACAUACUGCCCUGGUUCUUUGCCCGAAGGCUCACGCACAAACUGUAGACACAAAAGCUUAAAAUCAGUAUGGAGUGUCGUGGAAGCUUCACCUUGGCACAGAUGUGACAGGGCAGGCACUGAGAUAUGAUGGUCAGUCUUGAUGUCAGAUGCUAACAGCAGGUUGUCGGACUUGGCAAUAUAAAAUGUACAUUAAAGGAAACAGCAUUCUCAGAAUAAUCAGGUUUUCUAUAAAUAACUCAUCAAUGUUUUGAAAGAUUGAAUUCAACCGACAUCGGAUACAAAUGCCAGAAGCUCAGCUGUAGCUUAUCCAUUACUGUCCAUCCCAGCUUCACUGAAGACGACAGAAGGGACCUAAAGAGACGACAGACUUCAGAGCUUCAUGUGCAGCUUGGACAGAUCAAACUGCACCAGUGAAGAAAGGAUCAUUUGUCGGAGCAGCUCAGAAUGCCAUCAUGAACUCCACAGGAUGUUAACAUUUACAACAACAGACAUCAGAACCCCAUUCACUAUCACCCCUAAAAGCAAAGUUGGCCAGUUCCUGUUUUUAUUCAUGUGAAUAUUUGCACUUUUCACCAUUUAUUUUUAACCAGAUUGAUCUGUCAGUAUUAGUUUGGAAAACAUCAGAUAGGACGGAAGUGCUGGAUCGAGGUCUAACCUCCAUUUUACUGUUAUCUUAAGCUCUUACUACAAGGAAUAUUUUUAUGAUCCAUCUGCAAGAUAGAUGAAUAUAAAAAGUAUAUUUUUGGAAAAUAUUUCUGUUUCAAACCUCUGGACUAAUAUGAAAAAUGGGCGUGCAACCUUUUUGGGACACUGUAGUUGAAUUGCUGUUAACACACAUCCACACACACACACACACACAACACACUUACCUAGGACUAGAUGGGACAGGUGUAAUGCACAUGUUUUUUUAUAGUUUAACCAAUAGAUGGCAGUCCUUCCCCAGACACACUAAGCCAUACUGAAACCAACACACACAUAGAAAUCAUGCUUUCUGUGGAGGCAGGUUGUGGAAAUAGAACCAGUAACCUGGGUAAUGCAUUGCACUUUAAUUCAUUCAGUUUUUUUAAUAAUAGUUGAAAUCCAAUUUGUCUGCAGUUACAUUUCAUUGCAGAAUGAGUGUUUUAUUAAAAAAAAGUUGACCUUGUAAAUUGUAAAAAGGUGUCUUAGGUUAGACGUUAUUUAAUAGAAAAUGUGCCAUUUGUUUUGUUCAUGUGACAGAGCAUUCAAAUAUUUGUACUUAAUUUAAAUGGGCAGCACGAGCCAUUUUUCUCUUCCAAUUAUGUUUUGGUGGUCAUAAUCAUUUGAAUUGAAUGCUCUUUAUGCAGCACCAGAACUGACAUGCACCCACAGUAAAAACAGGUCACUUGUAAAUGACUAAUUCUACAGAGGGUUGAGGCCAUGUGCAGAAAAACAUCCUGUGUUUGUGUCAUUGUGGGAUGAAUGGUAAAUGUGGGAGCGAGUAUCACAUCAGCUGAUGCUUUAAGGCAGCUUUUUCGAGUGCAGAGUUGGUCGUGUGAGGGUUAAAACACCUUUCAUCGACAAUUAGAUUCUUUAAAACUGGGUUUAGUUAUCUUGAACAACAGACUUUGGCUGAUGUGAGUGUCCAUGUUUGUUUGUGAACGUUAUGUCUGCAACUGGUUCUUAUGGGUUCAAAAUUUGGUCUGAAUUCAAAGAUGAAAGUAGGAUUAAAGGUGUGCUCAGACUGGACAUGGGGCUGAUGUUGUUCUUUGCAUUAAUUGGCUGCUGGAGUGACUUCUAUUUUGCCCCAAACAGGUGACAACCGAGCUAGCAAAGCAAAUCAGUGUCCUGUGUUUGUGUGACAGUUGAGCCUCUGUCUGAUGUCAAAAUGCACCAGAAUUCCAUUCUUUGUUAUUUUCUACCACACUGCUAUUCAUUUUUCUUUUCUCUGCACAUUCAUGGAUUAAAGUCAUGGCGAUAAGCCCAAAUCUUUCGCUCAUGUUUUGAAUCCACACAGAUGUUUUUUCAGCUUAAUCUGCGCUGCCAGGGCAAAUCUGUGCUCUCACAUGUUUGCAUUGACUUAAAAAGCAGCUGUAAACUUGGCUUCAGGUCCAGUCUGAAUACACCUUUAGAAGGAUUUUGUCUUUAAUUUCAGGAUUCAGAUGUUUUUGAAACUCCUAAUUGAGAAUUUUCUUCUUCAAAAUUAUCAGAAAGUUCCGAAAGACUGACGGUGCGUAUGAACAGUGAAAAGAUUAAUCUCUAAAGUCAUGUCAUUAUUCCACUAAAUAAAAUAAAAUGCAUAUCUUGCUUAAAAUAUAAAAAAAGGUUUUCACAUAAAUUAAAGCCAUUUACAUUUUUGAGUAGGUUUCAACGCCCUUGCCUCACACAAACACAACUAUUUCUUCUGUUUGUAGGUUUUUAUAUUUAUAUUAGCGCUCUUUAUAAAUGUUUGUUACCUUCUUACCUCCGUAGCAGACUUCUUUUUUGUUGUUUGUGUACUACUAUUUAUCUGCUUCUUUCUGAACUCUUCAGUUGAACACAUUUCCCAAAGAAAUGUAAAUAAUCUGUUGUUUAAUCCUUGUUUUUGCGUUGUUGCAUUUAAUAUUUAGUGAAACUGUUACUUGUCACUGAUCAGCCGUACAGAUUAUAGUAGCUCAACAGUCACAUACACAGAGAAAUAUGAAGGUCAACAGCAAAGUGUGUUGGACUGAAGAAUACUGUAGAGGCUUUGUACAUAGAUAACAAAGACUUUCUUAACCACCAUUGAUGCAAACAUGGAGAUGCAUGAAAACGGUCUGGCUUGUAAGGGUUAAAGGAUUGGUUCAGAUUUUUUUUAAGACUAUCUAAAAACAAUCGUCACAUGUUAUAUGUACGUUGAAAGAGUUAGCAGUUGCUACAGUAUAAUGAUUCCUCCUCUUCAUGCUUGCCUAUAGCAAUUCACUACACAGCAAACAUAGAUAGAUGGAUAGAUAACUUUAUUGUCUGUUCCAAAGCAGUGAUAGAAAUUCUCCUUCAACAAGGCUCAUUAAAACACACAAAACAGCAGCUGUACUGUGUCUAUUUUAUGUCAUGCAAGCUAAUUUGAGGCUCUAGGGGUGUGCAUUCACUUAAUCAAGUGAGUAUAAAGAGCCAAAGAAAACCAGAACUUCUGGGUUCUGAAAGAAAGCAUCAUUCAGAAUACCACUGACAUUUCUAACUACGCUUAUAACUAAUAAUCCUGUCUUGGAACAGUGCCUUUCUCACCAGUAUGGCUUGUUCGUAUGAAGAGGACUGUAGUUAAAAGAAAAUUUAUCUAGUGUCAUUUAUUAAGUAUUUUUAGCUGCCUCUAACAAACACCAUUUUCUAUGAGCCCUAGACAUUCGGGGGCUAAAUAUUACGUCUUAGAAAAGGCAAGUCCCUGGGCAAGUUGAGGUGUAAUAACACUAGGCAGACAGGACUGUAUGCUGUAUAUGUUUUUAGACAGCAGAAAGUAGAAAUAGAACAUUGAGAGGAAACACAAAAGGUAAUUUUUUACUAAAAACACUUUGGAAGGUCUGUGCAUAUUGUCCGCAUUUCUUACAGCGUAGCUACAAAGGGCAUGCUACAUGGGUAGUAUGGAGCGGAGGGACGAUAACAGGGACUAUGGCUCUUUCAAAGUACAUAUAAUGUGAGUAUUGUACGUAUGAUAGGCAGGAAAAAUCCUAACAUCCUUUAAAUAUAGUGAUAUACAUGCUGCUAGUUAGCUGUCUAAUUAGCCAGUAGGCUCAUUUAGCACCAGCAUGCUAAUGCUGCUUUCUACUUGCACAGCAGGUACUGUUUAGCCUGCUAAUUACAGUAACAAAACCACUGUUGCUCAUUACUCAAAGACCUCCAACUUCACUAGUAGAACCUUAGCCAACUGGCUAAUAGGGUGUCAGGGACUGUGAGUUUAUUGUAAGAUGGCCCGAUAAAGCCUACUUUUGAGCUGAAGUGAUAUUCAGUAGGUUAUUUUAACCUUUGGUAUUUAGAUCCCUGAUGAAACCUGAACGGUCUCAGCUGGUCUUUGACAGCCAUAUCUUGCCCUACCAGCUGCUUUAAAGGGACACUCCACAGAUUUUUACACAGAAAGGUCAGUUUACUAGUUAGUCCAACUCAGUCUGAAAACAAUUCUGUCUUCUCUGGCUCUGGAGGAGCAUUGUCCAGUCUUAGAAAAUAUAAUCCUGAUGAUGCCAUAGUGAUGUAAUCAGGGUGACAUCAGCUUGGACAUUUCCAAUUUAUUUUUACAAAGAUUACCAGACAAGAAGGAUCUGAGAAAGAGAUGACCAACCAGCAAAACACACCAUAACGACACUUAACACCAGUUGAAUUUCACUGAGGGAGUGUUUGUGUGGAAAGAGAUGUUUUCAGACAAAUGUGUAAAGUGCAGACAUGUAAAUUCAGUCAGCCUUCGGUAUGAUUUAAUAUGCAUUCUUUAUAAACAUGGUAAUAAUAACAAGUGUUUGCAGUGACACUGCUGCUGGCAAUGAGGAUGAUCAUUGUAAUGAUGUCUGGGUUUUGGUGCUGUUGCACUGCUUGGGGUUUUAUCAAAGCACUAUUAGGAUGUUUUGUAGCAAAUUUUGUCCUUUUCCCAUUAAAUAAAAUGCAAAACACUGAAUAUAUACUUAAACAGUA